AAAGCAUUUUAGAAUAAUCUUUCACAGUAUUUUUUGUUCGCAUCCCAUAAUUUAUAAAUCAAUUUGAAAGUGCCAUAUACAAAGCUGAUGUGUACCCAACGUAUAGCUUUAAAUCAUUUUGCAAUAACUUUGAUUGUAGAGAUUCGUGGGAUUGAUAUGAGUUGAAUUUAGUGAAUUUUGAAACCUGGGUUCAAAUUCAUAUAUUGACAAUGCCAAGGGAAAAGUUGAAAUUUGAUGGGAAAAUUGGGCAAUCCAAGGUGAGAAAAAGAGGGUGUUCAUCGUCAUCUUCAUCCUCAUUAGUCCGGAGUUAUCGGUUAAAACGGGCGAUUUUAUUAGGAAAGAGAUCGGGUGGAUCAAGCAUUCCUGUCCGAAUAUGGAAGAGGAUGAGCUCGAGAUCACCAUCAUUGAAAAAUGGCAAGUAUUUGGUGGCAAAUGUUCGUGACAAAGCUAAAGAUCUAUCGAUUACAGCCCGAAAAUUGGCUACCAUGUUAAGGGAGAUUAAUGGGUUUUCUUCAUCUAGAGUGAAGAGAGAGAAUUCGGAGGAGAAAAUAAGCGAAUUAGGAAUAAUUAGGAAAAGAGGGGUUUUGAAGAGAAUGGAUCCCUCUAAAGUGGGCAGUCAUCUAAGAAGAGCAUCGGCUGGUUCUCAAAAACUUCUGCAGUCUGACUGUAAUUUGGGAGGCUUUAACUCUCCUCACAACUUCUUAUUGGAGGUUGAUCGGGCACAAUCUCAUGGUCGGACUCCCUGCAGACAUGCAGUUGGAGGAAAGAAUCGUCUCAAGGAUGUGCAUAACGGGCUCAUGACAUCUAAAGAGCUGCUCAAAGUAUUAAGUCGUGUUUGGUGCCUUGAAGAGCAACGAUCCACUAGUUUAUCGCUCGUCUCAUCUCUGAAAUUUGAACUUGAGCGUGUAUGUGUUCAAGUCAAUAAGUUAAUCCAAGAACAAAGGACAAAUGGAAGUGAGAUUGAUAUACUUUUGAGGCAGUUUGAAGAGGAAAAGACAGUUCGGAAAAUUAAAGAACGAGAUAGGAUUCGCAGUGCCAUUACAACUAUAUCUGGAGAGCUAGAGAUCGAAAGAAAGCUGAGGCGACAAACUGAGAGACUUAACAAGAAACUUGGUCGAGAAUUGGCGGAGACAAAGACGUAUUUGUCAAGUGCAAUUGAAGAACUUGAAACCGAGAAGAGGGCACGAGAGAUAUUGGAACAAGCCUGUGAUGAGUUAGCCCGAGGCAUUGGAGAAGACAGAGCCAAAGUCGAGGAAAUAAAAAUACAGUCGGCGAAAGUUCGCGAAGAAGUGGAAAAGGAGAGGGAAAUGCUUCAGCUAGCUGAUGUGCUCCGCGAGGAAAGAGUGCAAAUGAAGCUUUCGGAAGCUAAGUACGAAUUUGAGGAGAAAAAUGCAAUUGUAGACGAGUUGAGGAGUGAACUUGAGUCCUAUUUGAAGUCAAAAGCAGGUAGAGAAGGAGAUGAGAGCCCCCCGAGCUGUGAAAAAAUCAAGCAGCUCAAGAAAUAUUUAAGGGAAACGCUUCCAGGCUCGCGCCCCUACCAAGAUAAAGAGAACGAAAAUAUUGAAUCAGUAAAUAAAGAGAACCCAGGGGAAGAAGAUGAUUUAGCCGAUAGUGAUCUGCACUCCAUUGAAUUAAAUGUGAAUGAUAUUAGCAAGAGCUAUGAGUGGAGCAUUGGUAUUAAAAACGAGCCAAGGAACUCAGUCGAUAAAAUUAAGGGGAGGAAGUCUAUUUCUGAAAAAAUCAAGAAACCAAACAUCUCAGAAACAAGAUUUGCAGAUGGCAAAGAGUGGGAAUUCACCAGUAUACAAGAAAAAUCAGACGUUUUUGACAAGAGAGGAUUGUUUGAGUUUUCUUCACAACCUUGGAAGAAGAAUACUGAAGACGAAAUCGAGAGAUACAAUAUGAUUAAAGAUCUCAGAGACCACAUUGUUUCUGGUUCCAGAAUAGCAUCCUCCCAGAACAUGGCUGGUGGUACUAAGAACUGCAUCCAACACAGUGUCCCGGUGGAGGAUCAUAAUGGGGGUGGUAUCUGAAGGAUUCAUAGUUUGAUGCGGGCUAGAAAGUUUUUUGCAUACCUUCACAGUUCAUUUGGUAAGGUAGAUUAUAUAGUAUUCGACUGUAAAGAACUGUUAUACUUCCUAAUCGUGUUGAGCACUGAGCAACAAAUCAUAGCCUAAAAGAGUUCUCACAUAUUUAGUAGAUAUACAUCAUUUCCGAUGGCUGCUACAUUUGCCUUGAUAGAUGCCUUAAUCUGGAUUCAAGUUUGUAAUUUUUUAUUUUUUUUCAUCAUUUGCAGAUAAGUUGUACAAAAUAUUCCACUUUCAAUUGGUAACUUAUUAUUACAAAUA